AUGGCUUCGAAUUUUCGGGAAUAUGAUCUAUCUGGUGAAGGGGAUCAGUCUUUAGAGGCAUCGAGUGACGGAAAUGAGUCUACUGAGGAGAAUGAUACAUUAGCGAUACCUGAACGUGAUACCUCAAUUGACUUCUCCCAAUAUUAUUUGAGUAAGGAGUUAGAUGACGAAGAUCACUUUGAAGGACUUGUGCCCAUUUUAUCAAGAUUAAAGAAAAAAGAGGUAUGGUUCAUAAUUGGAGGGAAGCCAAUUCGAUUUGGUAUGAAGGAGUUCGCUGUGAUUAUCGGACUGAAUUGUAGAAAAUAUGCCACUGAUAAGGCUUUAUACGAGGAAAAGAAGGCAAAAGAUUUUUUAGAUGUAGUGAUGAAUAAAUAUAGCAAUCUAAUUGGAAAUGAUUUGAAGAAAAAGCUGGAAAGUAAUAGAUUGGACGCUCAAACAAAGUUGAAGAUCGCUAUGGUGUGGUUUGUUCACUCUUUUUUAUGUGUUGGUGAUCCAAAGCGAAUUGUUGAUAUUGAGACGAUGCAAAUGGUGACAAAUUGGGAUUGCUUUAAUGCAUAUCCUUGGGGUAGACGUUCUUUUGAGAUGACAAUUGAGUCCUUCUUAGAUGUAAACUUGAAGAAAAAGUCUGCACAAUGGAAGGAAAAUAAAUCUAAAUCUAAAGGUUAUGGCUUGCAAGGAUUUCCCUGGGCUUUUAUGGUGUGGGCUUUUGAAGCGAUUCCUAUAUUAGGAGAAGCUUUUGGACAACCAUUAACAAAAUCUCCCUAUUCAUUAUUUCCAAGAUUGAUUCGAUGGUAUGGUAAAAAGAAGACACCCCCUGAUUAUCAAACUUUCCUAUCACUUUUGAGUCAAAAAAAAUAUUUGGUAAAUUGGGAGAAUUUGGAAGAUGAAGUAGAUGAGAAUAUUGAUCGGUUGACAAAAGCAGUUGAUGGUGUGACACAAUUGAUCAAGUGUUCCCUCGAAAGGCCUGAAUUUUCGGUUGCUGUGGAUCAUGGAAGGCAUGAAACUGGUUUUAGAAGACAACCUUCAAUGGGAGUUACUGAAGAUACUAAUGUAUUGAACAAACUUUCUCAGCUUGUUAAAUUCUGUAAAGAGAUGCUCGAUGAGAUGAAAGUUCAGAACAAGAAGUUGCAUGAUAAAAUGGAUGGUUUAGAUGUAAAAUUUGAUAAUUUGACUGGUAUAGUAGAUGAAUUGCGUGUUCAAGUAGAAAAUUUAAGCAAAAAUAAGUCUAAUUUGACGGUGGACGAUGAACAAACAAGUCCAUUGGAAAAAGCGGUAACUGUUGAGGAUGAAAAGAAAGAAAACAAUGUAGUUGAGAAAGAUGCUGCUAUUAAAUUUCCGAAAGAAGGCACUACAAAAGCGAAACGAGCUAGAAAAACUAACCCGAAAUACAAUUUUCUUAUGAAAUGGAGGUUGGAAAAAAGAAAGUAA